AUUUUCCAGAUUUUGGAGCCGUGAGGGAUCCAGCAGUUGGGUCCAUAUUGCUUUAACAUGCUUCAAAUCAACCAGAUGGAAUUGAUCAUUUUGUGCCAGUCAACAUCACUGAAAAGUAGCGUUCAUAGAGAUUAUCACUGCUAAUAUUUUGGGGUGUAUACUUCUAGAUAUUUUUCUACGCAGCUUCUCUCCAAGAUAAAAUGGCAAAACCCAAAGAGAAAACUCCAAUGUGUCUGGUAAAUGAGUUAGCCCGUUUCAAUAGAGUCCAACCCCAGUAUAAACUUCUGAGAGAAAGAGGGCCCGCUCACGCGAAGAUGUUCUCAGUGCAGCUGAGCCUCGGUGAGCAGACAUGGGAAUCGGAAGGGAGCAGUAUCAAGAAGGCCCAACAGGCUGUUGCUAGUAAAGCUUUGACUGAAUCGACGCUUCCCAAGCCAGUUCAGAAACCGCCCAAAAGCAAUGUUAAUAAUAACCCAGGUAGUAUCACUCCCACGGUGGAGCUGAAUGGGCUUGCCAUGAAGCGGGGAGAGCCUGCCAUCUACAGGCCACUGGAUCCAAAGCCCUUCCCAAAUUACAGAGCUAAUUACAACUUCCGGGGCAUGUACAAUCAGAGGUAUCAUUGCCCGAUGCCUAAGAUCUUUUACGUUCAGCUGACUGUAGGAAACAAUGAGUUUUUUGGGGAAGGGAAGACUCGACAAGCUGCUAGACACAACGCCGCCAUGAAGGCCCUCCAGGCGCUGCAGAACGAGCCCAUUCCCGAGAAGUCCUCUCAGAAUGGCGAAUCCGGAAAAGAAAUGGAUGAUGACAAAGACGCCAAUAAAUCUGAGAUCAGCUUAGUGUUUGAAAUUGCUCUGAAGCGAAAUAUGCCCGUCAGUUUCGAGGUCAUUAAAGAAAGCGGACCACCACAUAUGAAAAGCUUUGUUACUCGGGUGUCCGUGGGAGAGUUCUCUGCAGAAGGCGAGGGAAAUAGCAAAAAGCUCUCCAAGAAGCGCGCUGCGACCACCGUCUUACAGGAGCUUAAGAAACUCCCACCUCUUCCUGUGGUUGAAAAGCCAAAACUAUUUUUUAAAAAACGCCCUAAAACCAUAGUCAAAGCUGGACCAGAAUAUGGUCAAGGAAUGAACCCCAUUAGCCGCCUGGCUCAAAUUCAACAGGCCAAGAAGGAAAAGGAGCCAGACUAUGUUUUGCUUUCGGAGAGAGGAAUGCCGCGACGUCGGGAGUUCGUGAUGCAGGUCAAGGUAGGCAAUGAAGUUGCUACUGGAACAGGACCGAAUAAAAAGAUAGCCAAAAAGAAUGCCGCCGAAGCAAUGCUGUUACAACUCGGUUAUAAAGCAUCCACUAGUCUUCAAGAUCAACUUGACAAGACAGGGGAAAACAAAGGAUGGAGUGGUCCGAAGGCUGGUUUUCCCGAACCAACCAAUAACACUCCAAAAGGAAUUCUUCAUUUGUCUCCUGAUGUUUAUCAAGAGAUGGAAGCCAGCCGCCACAAAGUAAUCUCUGGCAAUACCCUAGGCUAUUUGUCUCCCAAAGAUAUGAACCAACCCUCCAGCUCUUUCUUCAGUAUAUCACCCACCUCGAAUAGUUCAGCCACAAUUGCCAGGGAACUCCUUAUGAAUGGAACAUCUCCUACGGCGGAAGCCAUAGGGUUAAAAGGAAGUCCUCCUACUCCCCCUUGUUCUGCAGUACAACCUUCAAAACAGCUGGAAUAUUUAGCAAGGAUUCAAGGCUUCCAGGUUCACUACUGUGAUAGACAGAGUGGCAGAGAGUGUGUGACCUGCCUGACCUUAGCCCCCGUGCAGAUGACUUUCCAUGCUGGUGGAAGCUCCGUUGAAGCCAGCCAUGACCAGGCAGCUUUAAGUGCCUUGAAACAAUUUUCUGAGCAAGGACUGGAUCCAAUGGAAGGGACAAUGAAUAUUGACAAAAGCUCUCUUGAAAAACAAGGCCCGCAUCUGGGAGAGAAGGCGGACAGUAAGCAGACACACCCCGGCCCCAUCGCUCAGGACUGCAAGAAAUCAAAGCCCGUCAUCUAACAGCUCCCAGAACCACGGCGGCCACCGCAUCCUUAUAAACCUGUCAGCACGCAUGAGGGUGUCUGUGUUCAAGGAAAUGAAUGACUAAUACCCUUAUUUGAGUCUUAUGUGAAGACAACGCUAUUCUAACACACGAGAUAAUAUACGUAGUCCUGUUUAUUCAACUGGGGUGGGGGGUGGGGGCGGGGGAAUAAAACUUUGCGCAUUUCCCUUGGAACUUGAGAUCAGAUCAUAACUCAUGUGUCCAGAGGCAGCAGACAUCCGAUCCUGCUACUGGGGCUUAAAAUAGCAAUGAGUGAACCGUGUUAGAAACAGGUAACGCUUUUCCAUGAUCGGUAGGGAAACUGGGUUUGGUUCCGUUGUUCCGAUUGUUCUCUCGUGGCGCUUGUGUUCCGUUCUCUCCUCUCUCGUUUUCAAUAAUGCUUGACGAUUCACCAGUCUCCCAAUGACGUGCUGUGGAAUGUGAUGGUCGUUGUCUUCAUAUAGAGUCACGCAGUUUCUCUUUCCCUGCAGGUCUUUGUCAUCUUCAUCCUAUAUCCGUGUGAAUAACUUUAAGGCGCACACACUACUCCAAGAUGUAUGCAAACAAACAUGGUUUACAUCGGGUUGGAUAUUUAAUUAAAACUAUGAAAUCACGUUAGGAUCAACUAGUUCCAAUAGACUCCAGGAAUUUAAAAACAAAAAACAGCUCACUUGUGGGUUUUGAGCUCCGUGAUACUUGUAGCCACCAAGGAGGCGUCUUGCCUCGACACACCAUUUCUCUGGGUUCCGUGUCCUGUGGCGGACACCGCGCCCACCCCCAUUCGUGUCCUGUAGCCACUCACUGUUUGCAUCAAGAGUGUUUUUAAUAACUGCCUCUGGACUUGGGACAGUGAGGAGGAUCCGCACCGGUGCUGUCCCCGGCGGGGAAGGGAGAGCCUGAGGGGCGGCCGUCGGAGUCUAGCCAGCUUGUAGCCAGCCACGCUCGGGGCCAGCAUGUCGGGAUCCAGCGUGUAGCAAAUGCAGUAAAAAUUUGGUUGGUUUCUGUGUGAA